GGUUCAGCGAGGUUGAUAAACAUGGACGAAAUUUCUUGGCGUAUAUGUGUUUGGGGUGUUUGAAACAGUUGUACAUGUAUGAAAUGAUGAGUGGCACGAACAAAGAAGUCCGCAAUGAAAACUUUUUUUGUAAACUCUGCAGUCUGGAAUAUACAAGCCAAAAUGAUUUAGAGGAGCAUUCUUGGUCACUUCUUCAUCACAAAAAGCUAGACAAGGAGAAUGGCAGGGACUUUACCCACAAGUGUAGCCUUUGCAACGAAGAUUUUUCUGGUCUUCUCGCAUAUACAAAACAUAUUCACAGCGAUAAACAUUUAAAGAAACUACAUCAAUGGAAAGAAAAAAAUGCCCCAGCAAAUGAAGUGCAAACAUUCAGGGAGGAGAAUGGCUUUCAUACACCACAAAGGUCCAUCUACGAUAAUCGGCCAAGAUUUAGCUGGUCCAAACAACAGCAAAUGUCUAACGGAAGACCUCGCUUUCACCAGAAAUUUGGAGAACAGAGGUUUGAUUUCGUUCCCUGGAGGCCAAGAGCCCCCUUUCCACGGCACCGUAUGACUUGGAUGGCACCUUUAAUGCCACCGAGACGGAAUGAAGCAGCACCCAGGUAUUACGGUCCACGUUCAUCACCUCCCAAUUCAUUAUUUACACCUCAAAACCGGUUGCCUUAUAACGAAAAUAUUCUCGAAAAUAGAUCAUCCAUUCGUAGUCCAAAUGUUUCUGAAAAUUCUUCUUUUUUUGAAGGAAGAAACAAAGAGCAAAGUAGGAAUAGCUCUAAUUUUCCCGGUUCACCCGACGAAUUUUCAACACACCAGUCGUUUCAUGAAAUUAUCGGUUAUGAAGGAAACGGGUAUACAGAUUUCAAUAAGAAGUUUAAAGGUUUUGAAGCAACAAGGUUGAUGAGACAGAAAAUGGAAAAACUUAGGCAAAGAAACUCGAGGCAAAGCAAUUUAAGCAACAAGCAAUCCACUGCACCUUCGAACGGUCAGUUGCAAAGGGACAGUUUAUCGAAAGUAGGCAUAGACGAACGGAGUAAUAUUGGCGACCUAAAUAUUGAAUGCUCUGGUUCUUUUCAAAUUAUAUCGAGUAAAAAUGUAGAUGGCGCGAUAUCCAAUGCAAGAAUAAAAGAGAAGGAAGAUAAUAAUCAUAACAAAGAGGGAAAGAUUGAUGUAAAGAGUCCUGAAAGUGGAGCUGCUACUGAUUGUCCAUUUGUGGGAAGUAAUGAAGAAGAGACAUUGGCAUCCUAUGUAGCUGAAAGUCUUGGCUGCCUUAAAGCUAGCAGCACAAUAAAUAGCACCUAUUAUGAUCAAUCCACAGUGGAUGUUGUUGAAGUAUGUGACUCAGACAGAGGAAAUAUUAGCACAACAACAGAUGACAAAAUUGUAGAUUGUGAAACUUCUGUAGAGAAAGGUAGCCAUCAGCCAGAUAUCAAUGAUGCAGUCUUGGCGAAGAAUGCCAUAAAAAGAAUGCCAGAAGCAGUCAGAAAACCUUUUUCUGGCACUCAGGGGGCCAUUAAGGUUCAAGGGCAGCUACAGUUAGCUAAAAACAUUGUAGAGGGUCAUGAACAUACCCCAAGGAUUUAUAUUUUAGAGAAGAAUGGCAUUAGUGAAAAGAGAUUAACGAAUGCUGCUGCUACUCACGCUAGGAAGCAAGCCAAUGCGACACAUCAGCAGCUGCGUGUUUCUAAUGCGAGAGAAGAAUCGCUACGUAAGAAAACAUUCUCUGGAGGAUUAGAACAAGCAAAAAGUAGCAUGGUAAAGGAACCUGUUUUAUCCUCUGUAUCUGAUGGAAAUUGUAACAAUGGGAAAGCAACAGAGACAAGCUCGAGGGAAAAGCAAAUGUCUCCCCAUAACAGCACUGUUUUGAUAGUAGACGCCGAUGGUUAUAAAUUUGCAGAAGAAAGUAACUCUUCGAAAGAAGUAACAGGGGAAAAUAAGGAUUCUUCAGCAGCAAACAAAGAGGGUGAACUUUCAGAAAGCAGCGUCUCCUUGGAGCCCAGUAUAGUUUCACUAGACGAGUCUUUAAAGGAGGCGAAUACGUCAAAGCAAUGCGAAUUUCGCUAUCAAGAUGGACGGCGAUGUCCAACUUCAGCUGUUCAUAAGUUCUGUGCAUAUCACGAGAAAGUUGUGCGAGAUGUGUUCAUUCAUUAUACAAAAGUAACUGCCCAGCAAAAGUCAAAUGCAGAGUCAGGCGAGUCCCCUGUUUCUGAGUUAUCAACAUCUGAACAAGCUUUUAGUGGGGAAUCUUCUUCGAAAACCUCAUUGAAAAGCAAAAGUGUUGCCGUAACGGUUUCCGAGAACUCUACGACUUCAUCGCUUUCGGGUGUCGAAACACAUCAAGCAGAAAAUGAAGAACAUUCAUCUCCGCUUGUUGAAAUAAUCAGCGAUGCAGAGGGGGAUGGCGAUCAUCUUAGCCUUCAUUCAAGAUUCAAAUAUUUGCACAAGGCGACGAAAAAUCCACUGAGUGGUCUUGAGCUGUCUAGGGCUAACCUUCCGCCCAGAGUGAGAAAAUUACUUAGCAAAAAAUUUGGUAGCGAAAGAAAAGGAGACGAGGACAGUGCUACGGUAAAAGGGGGAAAUGAAAAGCAAGUAGCUGAUUGUAAUAAAGUCAAAUCAGCAAUCGAAUCUGAACAAGCUGUAAAUAUUGAUUCACAGCGUGAAGGUCUUGUAACCAAUCAAUGUCGCAUUAACCCAACAGCAGAAGCACUAGACUGUAGCGUAUCAGCUGAUUGUGUGACUACAUCCAAUGUGAUAUCAUUUGGAAAAUUCACCGGUGUAACUGAUUCCUUGUGCAAAUUUUCGAUCUGCAACACGACCAGUGCUGUCUCUUCUUGCGACCCGCUGAAAAUACACCAUAUAAAAUGUCCGCAGUCUUCACCCAUCUCUUUUUCUAACAAGUCAGAUUCAAGACCCCUUUUAUUAUCAGCAAAACAGAACUCGAUUGAGAAGACAGAACAGAUUAAUUCGCAUCCAAGCAAUACAAAUUCUGAUAUUUGUGUAUCAUCAGAAGUAGGGGCUAGCUUAACGAAACAGUUUUCGAAAGAGAAAAAUGGAACAGUAGAAGUUUCUCAGAGUAUUACAGUGGUAUCAACCUACUCCAAUCUUGCAGUAUCGGAUAACUUCGUUUCCGAAGGUAAUGUUUCGAUAAGACAUGACCAUUCGAUUGUAUCUGAAAAAGAUUUAGGCAUUGAUUCGCUAUAUAGUCUUAAGCCUUUACCGGAAACCAUAGUAUUUUCUGUAAGCAUACCGAAAAAUGAAGAAGCAAAAGGUCUUCCUAAUCAAGCAGCGAUUCAGUUUCAACCAGAAAAGAAAAAUAAGCUUUCAAGGGUUUCGCGUUUAAGCCCAACUAGCCAGUUAAAGAAGGUGCCUAUUGUAAACACAGGGGUGCAAACUAGUCUUGUUAAUACCAUAACAAAUGUGUUGUCGCAUCCCCCGUUAUCUUCGUCCGGGUCAUCAGAAAAAAAGGGUGAAAGCUUUAAAAAAGUUGAAUUAGUGAAAACAAAUAACGGGAAAGGAGUUUUUAAAGAGUGUGGUUCAGGUCGUAUUUUAGAGGUUUCAAUUUCUGAUCCAAGAAAGCCAGAGAAAGUCUCGGGUUCCAUUACGGAUGAAAGCUCCAAAAUCCAAGAAACGACCUUGCUUGCCACAGGGGCAAAAAAACCUCUUCGAAUACAGUCAAAACAGCGCAAUUUGCUACGUUCGUUUUUCAACAACCUUCAGAAGAGGAAAGACGGUGACAAAAAAACAGAGGAAAACAUUUUACGUGGUAGAAGUUAUGCUGAUGAUAUCACUGAGGAUGAUUCGAGUAACAACCGAAAUCAAGUCGGUAAAGAUAGUCACCUUAGCAACAGUGACAUUCUGCCAGAUUUUACAGAUGUCCGGACUAUAAGUAGCUCCAAACAGUGUGGAAGUGAAGUUUCAAAGGGCUUUUCAAAUGAUGCUAAGGCUGUAUCGAACCCUGCUGUCAAAACGGUUGCUCAUGCUUCUCAAGAUAUAGAAGAGAAUACCUCGAGAAGUGAAAAAAAUAUAAGAAGUCCAGUGAUCAUGGAAGAAGGUGAUUUGGAUAGCAUGUGGCCAGACAUGAAGGGCCAAGAAGCCAGCAGGCAUAAGAAGGAUGACAAGACUGUACGGAAGUGCAAGCGGACAAAGACGGAAAAGGAGCAAGCAUUACAAAUAGAGAAGUAUUUCAAAGUUAAUAAGGAGAGAUUGAAGAUCCAGAAAGCGCUCUCGGUAACUAGAAACAGGGUUAAAACUUUAACACAGGAAAUGGAGUCUUUGAAGAAGGUUUUGUCGAUGCUGGCCGUAAGGGAAAAGAUGCUAGAUGCUAAACUUGGUACAGUUUCAUGCCAGAAAGAAACCUGUGAAAAGUUGUUAAAAAGAGCUGGUGUUGAUAUAGAAGCGCUACAAGAAGAUCGGGAUAUUCUAGUUACAAACAAAAGAGAAAGAGAUAGAAAUAUGAAUAUUGUACUAGCAACAAAAUGUAUUCAGCCGAAGGAAAGAGAUCGUGAGAGACAGAGUUGUAGUUCCGCUGCUUUGCUGGGUGAAAACAAUGAAAGUUCAGAAACAUCUGGAGAUUUAAAUGUCUUCAGCCCCUUGCGAAAAGAUGUUGACCGUGCAAAAACAAGAGUGGUCUCUUUAGAUUCGAGUCGGGGCCCGCGUGAAACAGAAAUUGAAUGCGACCAAAAGGACACGUCGACACUGACAAAAUAUAAACACGUGGAUCAGUGUGAGCAAAUAAGCAACAAAAACGUUACUGGAACGGAGGAUAAAACGCAACCUGAAAAUGCUUCUACGCGACAUAAUCCAAAUAAAAAAACUUUGGUGAAAUCUGCUUUUAAACCUGGACGAAAAGUUACUCUAGAAGAAAACAGAAAUCCACAUUUGUCACGUUUACAACGUGAAGAGUUGAGGGAGAGGCAUACAAACACCCCUACAUCAAAUGGGUCAUCAAACAGGUAUCAAGCGUUUAAACCAUAUGUUUCUGUAAUAGACAAUAUUAAGCUCAAUUUGACGGGAAAAAAUGAUGAUUCGUCUGCACCUAAUAUGUCCAUACAGCCUAAAAGCAUGCAGAGGGAACCGAGCACUGGACUUGAAUCUCUGGACAUGACAUCGAGGUCAGGCAUUGAUGCGAGGUUUGGAAAUAAUGAUGGUUGCAAAGAUUCGAAGAGCUUAUCCAACCAGCAAAAGGAAUGUCGAACAGAUAUUUGCUUGUCUGAAACCGAAAAAAAUUUAAAAUGUCAUAAUGUUUUACAGAGCAGAAAACGAAAGCGGAGUUUAAAUAAACACGAUAUUGCAGAAGUUUACCCAGAAAAAAUAAAGAAAAAAGAAAAUAUUGUAAUUAUUGAAACACCUUCGUCAUCGGAGCCCAAGGACGACUCAAGUUUGACAGAAAGCAAAUUAAAAAUUUCACCCCCUUGUGAAAAUCUGGAUCUUUCAGUUAUGAAAAAGUCCUUGAAAAAUGCCAGGCUAAACUCUAUCGACGGACGAAAAAGAGCCACAGUUAGUCCUUCCUAUUAUGCAUCCAUAGGGCAGGCAGGACAAGACGCGAAGGUGUUCACCCGUCAUAGCUCAGCAGUUACUGACCUCAAGUUAUGCAAGGGCUUCCUUUACAGCAGCGGUCAUUCGGUUAAGAUGCAUGACACGAAAUCUGCACUAUGUCUCAGCUCUCGCAUUGAUACUAGAAAAGAGAUCAAUUGCCUAGAGUUAUAUUCACGCAGAAAUCGAACAAUGCUUUUAAUUGGAUGCAAAGAUGGGCGUCUCUUAUUUUAUGACCUUUGCGUCUUGCAUCAAUGGAUACACCAGAUUAAAUAUGGUCGAAGUGUUGUUGCUUUGCAUACCGCCUUUGACAAACUGUUCGUUGGUUUGAGCAAUGGAGUUAUUUGUCGCAUCAAUCUGCAGACGUUGCGCCAAGAAGACGAAACAGAAUGUCUAAAGACGGGACCAGUUAAUCAAAUAAAAUCUGCCACAAAUACUUUUACUACAAAAGAGAUGCUCAUUGCGUUAAUUCGAUAUGAAAUCUGCCUUUUCAACACACAAGAUAAGCUCAGCUUGCUUAAAAGAUUCAAGGAAGAGCUGCCAGGGAAGAUAUCCUGUAUUGAGGUAUUUAAUCAAAAGAUAUACGCUGGAAAUAGCCAGGGGAUUGUUCAUAUGUACAAAACGGAGGAUAUUUGCAAUCGUGAAGUCUUUUGUCAGCAAAGUAAAUCGAAGGCAAUAACUGCAAUUAAAGCGGACGGUGAUUUGCUUGUUACUGCUUCUGCAGAUCUUCUCAUCCGCUGUUAUGAUAUCAGUAAUGGUAACUUGAUGGUAGUAUUUGGAGGACAUAAGAACAAAAUACAGGUUCUGGAGUUGGAAAUGGGCGUUCAAAGCACGGUAUAUAGCGGAUGUCUUAGUGGCGAGAUCCGAUCAAAUAACGUAAUCCAGGGAAUAUUGCAUCGUUGUCAGUGGGAAAGCUGCACAUUACCUUUUUGCUUCUCAAGCCAGUUGAAGGAGCACAUCCUAAGUAGUCAUAUAAGGCCAAGUACUGUAAAGUUUCCAUGCAAGUGGCAAGGCUGUCAACAUAUAUUUCCAAAAUGCGUUGCCAUUAAGGAUUUCGAUCUUGACGAGAAACACAUUGAAAAACAUGUUCAACUAUCUUAAGACGACGAAUCAUUCAAAAUUUCUGCUGGAAAAAUCGGACCAAAUUGCAGAUCGAAACCGCACCUAACUGACACGGGGAAGGGAUGGC